CCUUUUUGUUCUGCUUGUUAUUCGAGAAAAACGGAAAUUUAACUGUCCUAAAAAGAUUCAAUGCAUAAAACAGUAAAACUUUAGCUGACUCUUUUCCCCUGCUUUUUAUGAGCUAAACAAAAUUUGUCAGCAACCUAGUGGAAAAUAAUAUUAAAGAGAAGUUGAUUUUUCCUAAGAUUCUUUAUCAAUUUGGGCUCAGUUUUUGCUCUACUGUUUUUCUGGUUAAAUCAUGGAGUGGUAAUUAUUCUCCACAUGUUAAGAGGUAUUUCCAUAUAUUUUGAAGUUGACAAUCUACUUGGUUCUUUCAUUGGCAUGUAAUUUUGUUUUAUGAAGUUAGAUUGGUCGAAUGCAGGUUAGCUGGCUUACACCAUUAUUUGAGCUUUAGGAAGUGAAAACUUUCAAUAAUUUUUACUGUUAGAAGCAAUAAAAAUGACCCAAAAUAACCAAUUCUGGUAGCUGGAGUUGUUUAAAAAAUGGGUUGAAGUGGGUUUUAUCGAUGAUGUUAUUGGAUUCAGAAACUGCUGAUGCAUGGUGGCUUUUCGCCUGGAACAAUCAAUAUUAUUGACGAGUCUACUUGACGGUUUAGUUUAGAUAUCUUUGUGAGUAGAUUUUGAUCUGUUGUAAUUUGUAGUGGUGUUGAAUCUUGUGUUUUUAAAUAAUUUGGCUUAAAAGGUGUUAUUCAUGAAGUGAGCAGAAAAUUUGAUUUGUUUUUCUAUAAAGUAAAGAGGCUGUGUUGAGAAGUUUUGAGUUCUGAUGUCACCACCGCUGCUGGGCGUGGAGGAGGAAGGGCAGAGUAAUGUUUCUUCUCCCUCUGUUGACUGUAUGUCCCAGAAUGGCUUGGGGUUAAAGGAGCGGAAUUAUCUUGGAUUAUCAGAUUGUUCUUCAGUUGACAGCUCUGGUGUCUCGAGCUUGCCAGAGGAUAACAAGAAUCUGAAUUUGAAGGCUACAGAGCUGAGGCUUGGUCUUCCCGGAUCUCAAUCCCCUGAGAGAGAAACGGAGCUUUGUUUGCUGAAUGUGGGAAAAUUUGAUGAGAAGGCACUGUUUCCUCUACUUCCUUCUAAAGAUGGAAUCUGCUCAUCAUCACAGAAAAGUGUUAUUACUGGAAACAAAAGGGGGUUCUCUGACACACUGGAUGGAUUCUCUGCGGUGAAAGGCUCUGUGUACACUGAAAAAGAUUGGAUGUUUCAUGGAGCUGGUUCUGAUUAUGAAUUUCCACAACCUGUGGCACAUGGAAAAUAUCCUGGUAAUUCAGGGGUUAAUGUGAUGCUGUCAGCAAGAUCUUCUGGGGCUCAAGCAUCUGUAAAGAAUGAUGGGCCUGCAACUGUGUUACAAGAACAACCUUGCUCCACUAAUGAGACCAACCUCAACCAAAUAGGCAUUUCUAACAACAACAGUGCACCUGCUGCCAAGGCUCAGGUUGUUGGUUGGCCACCAAUAAGAUCAUUUAGGACUAAAACACUGGCCAAUUCUUCGAAGAACAAUGAUGAAGUUGAUGGAAAACCAGGACCUGGUGCGCUUUUUGUCAAGGUCAGUAUGGAUGGAGCUCCUUAUCUGAGGAAGGUAGAUUUGAGAACUUAUUCGACUUAUGGAGAACUGUCUUCUGCUCUUGAGAAGAUGUUCAGCUGUUUUACCCUUGGUCAAUUUGGGUCUCAUGGUGCUCCUGGGAAGGAACUCUUGAGUGAGAGCACGUUGAAGGAUCUUUUGCAUGGAUCAGAAUAUGUGCUUACAUAUGAAGAUAAAGAUGGUGACUGGAUGCUCGUCGGGGAUGUUCCAUGGGAGAUGUUUAUUGAAACGUGCAAGAGGUUGAAAACCAUGAAGAGUGCUGAUGCGAUUGGAUUAGAUGGACGAAGUCUUAGGCUACAGUUAACUGUACUUUCUGUCAUCAGCUCCUAGAUCAAUGGAGAAAUCCAAGAACAGCAACUGGAAAGACUACUCCGGAUAUGAUCGUUAAUUUCCUCCUCCCAAUUUCGAAAGUGGAAAAUUCCUUGGUGUGGAGGAAGCUGUGAUAAUUGAGAGCAGAAACUUGCAGGGUGCCUUGUGCAGGAUGAAGAUAAUAUCACAUCCCAUCUCAUCUAUGUUUUGAUUGUACGAAAAUUAGUGUUACUUUAUAUUUGUCACAAGUUUCUGAUGAUUCUUCAACGUGUUAACAAAAUUAGUGAUUGUGGAUAUUAUGUAUCCUCAUUGGAACCUGUAAUGUUUAAGAUGUAUUGAAUUCUCUUGAAUGUGUGUUUUAAUCAAGGCAUG